AUGGCGGCCCGCAUACAGCAGUCUCCUCAGCCUGGCGGCGGGAAGCGUAAAGGCAAGGCUCAGUAUGUGCAGGCCAAGCGGGCUCGGCGCUGGGAUGGCGGUGGGCCCCGCCAGCUGGAGCCCGGGCUACAGGGCAUUCUUAUCACCUGUAACAUGAACGAGCGCAAGUGCGUAGAGGAGGCCUAUAGCCUGCUCAACGAAUACGGCGACGAUAUGUAUGGACCAGAAAAGUUUGCAGAUAAGGAUCAACAACCCUCUGAAAGUGAGGGAGAAGAUGAUGAUGUGGAAGCUGCCUUGAAGAAAGAAGUUGGUGACAUUAAGGCAUCCACAGAGAUGAGGCUAAGAAGAUUCCAGUCAGUGGAGAGUGGAGCGAAUAAUGUAGUCUUCAUCAGGACACUUGGGAUAGAACCUGAGAAAUUGGUGCAUCAUAUUCUCCAAGAUAUAUACAAAACCAAGAAGAAGAAGACUCGGGUUAUUCUACGAAUGUUGCCCAUCUCAGGCACAUGCAAGGCUUUCUUAGAAGAUAUGAAAAAAUAUGCAGAAACAUUUUUGGAACCAUGGUUUAAAGCUCCAAACAAAGGAACAUUUCAGAUUGUAUACAAAUCUCGGAAUAACAGCCAUAUGAAUAGAGAAGAAGUUAUCAAAGAAUUGGCAGGAAUAGUAGGAAGCCUCAAUUCGGAAAAUAAAGUGGAUCUUACCAAUCCACAGUACACAGUGGUAGUAGAAAUCAUUAAAGCUGUCUGUUGCCUGAGUGUUGUGAAAGAUUACAUGUUGUUCAGAAAAUACAAUCUCCAGGAGGUGGUGAAAAGUGCUAAGGACUUGUCACAGCUUAACCCAAAGCAGGCAGCACAAACAGGAAAUGGGAAAGAAGCUAAAUUGGAAUCUGGUGACAAAUCAAGUCAAAAUGACCCAGCAGAAGGAAAAAAUAACCAGCAAGUGGUACCAGAGAACAGUGAGGAGCUGGGUCCAACAGGAUCAAUAUCUGAGACACAGGUGGUGACUGAGGGGGUGGCUAAACCUAAACCUGAACUUGCAAGUCAAGUCACAGAAGGAUCUGAAUCAAAUGAAAAUGAUCUCUGA